CUGGCCAUAUAUAUUGGGCCAUGUGGACCCAGACGUGGAGUUUUGCGCCACAGACUUCAGGCUUCAGGGCUGCAGGGAUCUUCCUUUCCUCAUUUCUCUCUUACAGAGGCGCCAGCAGGAAUAUAAAGCAGCCCUCUGGACGGCCUGUUGGUGGGAACUGACGAACACUUUCUCCCCGAGUGCACUGAUUCUCGCUGAGCGCUUGGCCCCGUGUAAUAAAAUGAGCGAUCUGCUGGAAGAAGGCUCGUUCAUGUUCACGUCAGAGUCUGUAGGAGAGGGACAUCCGGACAAAAUCUGUGACCAGAUCAGUGAUGCUGUCCUGGACGCUCACCUGCAACAGGAUCCAGAUGCCAAAGUGGCCUGUGAGACGGUGUGUAAGACCGGCAUGGUGCUGCUCUGUGGAGAGAUCACGUCUCGGGCCAACGUGGACUACCAGAAGGUGGUGAGGGACACCAUAAAGCACAUCGGCUACGACAACUCUGAGAAAGGCUUCGACUAUAAGACGUGCAACGUGCUGGUGGCUCUGGAGCAGCAGAGUCCGGACAUCGCUCAGGGCGUCCACAUGGACAGGCAGGAGGAGGACAUCGGCGCCGGAGACCAGGGGCUGAUGUUCGGCUACGCCACCGACGAGACGGACGAGUGCAUGCCCCUCACCAUCGUCCUGGCCCACAAACUCAACGCCAAGAUGGCUGAACUCCGGCGCGGCGGCAUCAUCCCCUGGCUGCGCCCCGACUCCAAAACGCAGGUCACAGUACAUUAUGACCAGAAGGAAGGAGCUGUGAUCCCUAAGAGAGUGCACACUAUCGUGAUUUCUGUGCAGCACGACGACUGCAUCUCUCUGGAGGAGCAGAAGAUGGUCCUGAAGGAGAAGGUGAUCAAAGCUGUGGUUCCUGCUAAAUAUUUGGACGACAGGACCAUUUACCACCUCCAGCCCAGCGGCCGCUUUGUCAUUGGUGGACCUCAGGGCGACGCUGGCGUGACCGGCAGGAAGAUCAUCGUGGACACGUACGGAGGCUGGGGGGCUCACGGCGGCGGAGCGUUCUCCGGUAAAGACUUCUCGAAGGUGGACCGCUCUGCGGCGUACGCCGCUCGCUGGGUGGCCAAGUCUCUGGUCAAAGCCAAGCUGUGUAGGAGGGUUCUGGUUCAGGUGUCUUAUGCUAUCGGAGUGCCCCAGCCUCUGUCCAUCUCAUUGUUCACCUACGGUUCUUCAGAGAAAACGGAGUCAGAGCUGCUGCAGAUCGUCAACAAGAACUUCGACCUGCGACCGGGAGUGAUCGUGAGGGAGCUGAACCUGAAGAGGCCGAUCUACCAGCAGACGGCUGCCUAUGGCCACUUUGGCCGACCCGAGUUCAGCUGGGAGGUGCCCAAAAAGCUAGUCUUCUAAAAACUGCACCUGCGUCUCCUGGUUGACCCUGGAGGUUCUAUUCUAGUCUAUUCGACUAGGAAGAACUAAAGUUACGAUCCAUCCGCUAUGAAGGAGGUGAGAAGGUCAUUUGAUGCAGCAGUGGUUGUAAAAACAAAGGGACAUUCUCCUAAUUUAAAUAGGGAGAUUGCAGAGGACAGCUCAUUCACUAAUCAUGUGUGCUUUAUACAGUCAGUAGAACACAAAUAAAAUAUUCUGAAUGUAAAUACACCACUACAAGCAGAAGAAUAUUUUAUUUAUAUCUGAUAAUUUAUUCAAGGUGCUAUUGUCAGCAGCAUGUAUUUAAUCAGGAAUUAUUAUAUGAAUGUCAAUGUACCAAAGGCUUUGCUUUAGCAGAUUUAAUUUUUCUGUCGUGACUAAAUAGUCUUACUGAGCUGCAGGAGGCUGUUGCACAUGUUAAUACAUGUGGGACGAGCUCUUUUCUCUUAUGACAAUCAAAUGCAAACGUCUUUAUAAUGAUCACGCAGCGUUGUGCGGCAUCUAGAAGCCCAGUUUUAGCGCUGGCUUGUAUUUUAUUUUGAAGUUUUUUUCUUUGGUAAGAGCAGAUUCCACCCACAAACACACAAAUGCUGACAGUUACAGCAAGAUGCAAUUUUGUCGACCCGAGUAUAAUAAUAUAACAUGUACAAUAUUUUAGGAAUUCAAUUUGUCUUUUUUUAUUAUAAUGAAUUAAAUCAUUUAAUCUUUUAU